AUGAGGUCCUUCGCAAGCGCAGCUAGCGCUAUACUCCUGUACAGUUCCGCCGUUUACGGACAGGGAGACCCGUACACCAAUCAGUCUGAAGUUCCAUAUUAUGGUCUUUCGCCGCCAGUAUAUCCUACACCUGAGGGUACCGGUGCGAGCAGUUCUCGUUGGGCUACCGCCUACGCGAAAGCCAGGGCAAUUAUCUCACAGGCAACGCUUGAGGAAAAGGUGAACAUAACUGGCGGUUUCACAGGCCAAUGUGUUGGCAACUCUGGCUCGAUACCAAGGCUAGGAGUACCAUCACUAUGUCUUUCAGACGCACCAGACGGCAUUCGAGGUAAUGAAUUUGUCUCCGCCUUCCCGGCAGGUAUUCACGUUGCUGCAACAUGGGACCGCGACCUCAUGUAUCAGUACGGAAAGGGACUGGGAGAAGAGUACAAGGGCAAAGGCAUCAACAUUGCACUCGGCCCUGUUGCCGGCCCUCUCGGCCGAGUCGCGCGAGGCGGUCGUAACUGGGAAGGUCUCUCUGCCGACCCCUACCUGGCUGGCGCUGGCAUGGGCAACAUUGUUCGAGGUAUUCAAGAUGCUGGUGUCAUGGCCAACCCUAAGCACUUUCUUCUGAACGAGCAGGAAUAUCGACGCAGGCCCGGCGACUUGGGCGAGGCAAUGAGCUCCAACAUUGAUGACAGGUCUCUGCACGAGCUAUACCUGUUCCCAUUCAUGGACAGUCUACGAGAGGGUGCCGUAAGCAUCAUGUGCUCGUACCAGCGAGUGAACAACUCAUACAGUUGCCAGAACUCCAAGCUUCUGAACGGUAUCCUCAAGACAGAGCUUGGCUUCGAAGGAGUUGUCAUUAGUGAUUGGGGUGGUCAGUACUCUGGCGUUGCUGCAGCCAACGCCGGUCUUGACUUGGCCAUGCCCGACUCGGUGCUUUGGGGCCAGAAUCUGACCAAUGCCGUCAACAAUGGCUCCGUCACGGAAGAUCGAGUCAAUGACAUGAGCACUCGAAUCCUGGCUAGUUGGUUCUACAUGGGUCAAGAUAAUGCGUACCCUUCCCCUGCAGUGUAUGGAAGUCUCGACAAGCAUGAGCCAAUUGACGUCCAAAGUGACCAUGCCACUCUGAUCAAGAAGAUUGGUGCAGCUGGCACCGUCCUUGUCAAGAAUGUCAACAACACUUUACCAUUGCAAAAGCCCAGGUUCCUCUAUGUCACUGGAUACGACGCCAACCACGCGAGCUCGCCUUGGAUCACUGCCGCGCGUUAUGGCGGAGGAUAUGAUGUGAACUUUGGCUGGAACACAUUCCAAGGAACGCUUGUCACCGGUGGCGGAUCUGGCUCUAGCGCUCCUCCUUAUGUUGUGUCCCCCUUUCAGGCCAUCCAGGAGCGACUGACCAAGGACCGAGGAAUCCUUCGAUGGGAUUUUGACUCUGUCAACCCGGUCGCCUACGUCAAUGCCGAUGCCUGUCUGGUCUUUAUCAACGCCUAUGCUUCCGAGAGCUUUGAUCGUUUGACCUUGACAGAUGACUUUAGCGAUCAGCUCGUCACCAAUGUCGCCGCCAACUGCUCCAACACCAUUGUUGUGAUUCAUUCGGCGGGCAUUCGUACUGUCGACGCUUGGAUCGAGAACGAGAACGUCACCGCGGUGCUUUAUGCUGGACUUCCCGGACAGGAGAGCGGCAACAGUCUCGUAAGCGUACUCUGGGGUGACGAGUCCCCCAGCGGUAAACUCCCGUACACUGUGGCCAAGAAGGAGGAAGACUAUGGAAGCUUGUUGAACUCAACUGUCAGUUUCGACGCCUUCCCCCAGUCGAACUUUACCGAAGGACUGUAUAUCGACUACCGCGCCUUUGACAAGGAAGGUAUUGAACCCCGCUUCGAGUUUGGAUAUGGAUUGUCCUAUACAACAUUUGAAUACGGGGCCUUGAAUGUCGGUCUUGUUUCUGGAGCCUAUACUGCUGCUCUUCCCAACGCCAGCAUCCCGAUCGUACAGGGUGGACAUCCAGAGCUCUGGGAUACCGUUGCAACGGUCACCUGCACAAUUACAAACACUGGAAGCAUUGCGGCAUCAGAGGUUGCUCAGCUGUACAUUGGAAUCCCCGGUGAUGAGACCCCUGUUCGUCAGCUGCGUGGGUUCCAGAGAGUUCCAGUUCGCCCCGGCGAGACUUUGACGGUCAAGUUCCCGCUCACGCGCCGAGAUCUGAGUAUCUGGGACGUCGUGGCACAACAAUGGAGGCUUCAAGAAGGAUCCUACGCCAUCUAUGUUGGAGCGAGCAGUAGAGAUCUCAGACUCAAUGGCACAUUGGAGAUCUAA